AUGCAGCCUGGUUCUUUGAGGCAUUUGACCUUGCCCGCAUUGGACUUAAAAAGUGAACUUCAACACCCUUAUUCGGUAGGUCAAGAGUGUACUGUAAAGCUCUUCCCAAAUAAUAAACAAUUGUUACAGCUUAAGAGGGAAAUAGUAGUAGUACAAGGGACAGCUAUCUCAAAGAAGUUCACAUAUGAAGAAGAUAUAAUAACCGCUACAUAUACAACAUUCAGUACGAAUAGGGAUAGCGAUGCGCUCGUCGUUUGUCUACGCAAGCUGGCUAAUAUUUACUACCCAGACGGCAGAAAUUAUGUAGUAAGUUUGCCGUUUUCAUUAAAAAAUGCAUUUCCCUUCGAAUCUGGAUUAAUUUUAGAGAAAGAUCAGGAACAGCCAAACUUAUCAAACAAUAUUGAUUCAUACCAUCCGCACCAACUAAAUGUUGCCAAAUUUUUGACGUUAAUAGAUCCAAUAGGUACAUUUCGAAUUGUUACUACGUCAUCUACGUCUGUCAUAUCGCCCUACGAGGAACUUAUGGCUUUUCCUCGAAAGGGCCUAAAUAAGGUUGCCUCUUUGUGUGUCACUUAUAAUACUCAUGAUGGGAAUGUUAUAUUAUACCACAUCCGAUCCUCAACAAGAAAAACAAACAGAAUCAGUUCUAAUAAUAGUACAGCUUCAUUAAAGACACAGAAAAGAAAGCAUUCCCUUCUCUCUACUCCCAAUCCAUCGAGAGUUUUGGAUGAUGAAUUCGAAGCGGGAAACAACCAAAAUGUAAUGUCUUUAAAUAUGGACAAGAAGAGAACUAGUACAUUAUUAUCUGAUAUAUCAUCUAUUGCAAGAAUGGGAUCAGAGCCUGGAUUCCCUGAAGCAAAUAAGCCAUCGCCAACAGACUUCCCCAAUUUACGUAAAGACAUGAUACUUACCCAGCAGGACAUAAUACGUGUUAAUGUCGAGAAACACAACCUUCAGAUUUAUGAUUUAACUUACGAAGACCAGGAGGCUAUAGUAGUGAUGAAUAAAAAGCAAAAAGAAGCUCGCGUGUAUAUUUUCAAGCAACAGUUUUUGUCUCAGUUGCAAAACUGUUAUACGAUUCAAUGCAUGAGCUGUUUGCCAUUAUGCAAUCCAAAAUAUGAUGGCUUAUUGGUGUGCUUAAUUGAUAACCACUCAGUCACUUUAGUAAAUCCAUUCUUGGAUAUGGCCUCUCCUAAGAUCGACUUGGCAUCCUCAUUUCCUCUGAUUAAGGAAUUAGUCAGCUCGUGUGAAGAAAGUGUCGCUUUAAAAUCCUUUCAAGGUACCACUUAUAUCCUACACUUAAUCUUAGAACCCUCAAGCGACUUUGUGGUGAAUUGCUUGAACUGCUUUAAAUAUCUUUCGGGAUCAAAGAUAAAUGAAAUUAUUUGGAUGCUUUGGCGCUCUGCCUUAGUUUUAGAUGACUCGAAGAAUGAUUGGAAUGCAUUUGUGAUCGCUUUACUAUCGAUCAUAUAUCCAUUUCAAUCUAACGAUGAGUACCUGUUGAAUUCAAUAACGAAACUUUUACCAAAAGCAAAAUACCUCCAUUCAACACUUAACUUUAGUUACUCAUUUUCAGAUUUGAUUCCUUAUAUAGUAUUGUCUUUGCAUUUGGUAAGAGAAGAGUUACGAUUGAAUUCAUUGAGUGAAAAAUGCCUAAAGGAUAUUGGAUAUUUACUAACCCAGCUAAGUGUUUGGAUGGGGUGGAGUGAAAAUUGGACUCAAUAUUACAUGUUAGACUUUAGAGGGAUCGACCAAGGUAUCAAAUUUUUACUGAUUUUGGUUUUAGAGACACCCCCUAAUUUACUCGAAUCUUUGGCUAGCCUUUUCACAGAUAAAAUCAUAAGGUAUCUCACAUUUGCUCAAUUGGUGGAGGAAAGUGACGAUGUGGAUGCGCUUAUCACUCCAAGAACGCAUUAUGUUCUUAAGCUAUUUGAAGUUCUAGUUUCUCCCAAUUAUGGACCGAAUGAUGUGGUCGACAUGAUGUGUGAGUAUGGAAUUACGAUAUGUGACCUAGAAACGUAUCCUCCUGGUAUAUUCAUUCCAUUGAAGGAGGCUAUACUGGUCUGUCAAGAAAACCCUGCAUUUGAAUGGAACAGUAAAACUCUAGACUUAGUGGGGAGAAAAGACCUCAGUAUGUUUCUCAAUAUGAAGACAAGCUUCUUGAAUAUCGGAACUACUGACGAUCAUGUCAAGGAUGUGAAUCACAUUCUUUCAAAUAUUCUUGAAAAAAACGAAAAUGUUGCAGCAUGGGAUAGUCAAUCGGAAGCUGAUCGCAUAAGUACUACUAAGUUAAUUUUUGAUUAUGACAGAAGAUAUUACGAAAUUACGACAUUGUUACAUCAAACAAAGGUUCAAACUGCGACCCUAGUAGCCGAUGAAAACCUUAAUGAAUAUGAUUUGAUUUUGCUUCAGAGAGCUCUCGCAGCAACUGUCGCCCUUAGAACACUAACAAUUCCUCUUGGUAGGGCUGCUUUAUUUUACGGCGCAAGGAAGCCAUUGCUUACCGAAAAAUUUCCAAUACCCAAGUUCAAUUUGAAUACGCUUAUUGCACCGACUAUGACAAAUAUAAUACUUUCUGAUGGUGCUAUCAGCGAUGGAUUGACUGAAUGGGGUUAUUUUCAUAAUGGAGUAUCUUCUGGUCUAAGUAUUAGUCCUGAAUCAAAAGGGAUUACUGGAAGCUGGAUUAUUUUCAAUAAACCGCCCGAUUUGAACUCCCAACACGCUGGCUUUCUUUUAGGAUUAGGUCUCAAUGGUCAUUUAAAAAAGUUAGAAGAAUGGCACAUAUAUAAUUAUCUUGGUCCUAAGCAUCCCUUGACUAGCGUAGGAUUGUUAAUUGGGAUAGCAGCGAGCAUAAGGGGAAGUAUGGAUAAUAAACUAACAAAGGUAUUAUCAGUUCAUGCUGUCGCAUUAUUACCUCAAGGAGCGAAUGAUCUUAAUGUCCCAGUAAUAGUUCAGACAGCUGGCUUGAUUGGGAUAGGACUUCUCUACUUGGAGAGCCAACAUCGUAGAAUGAGUGAAAUUUUGUUGUCGCAGAUUACAAGCUCUGUUUUUCAGAAUGACUCUGAACAGAUACAUGAAGGAUAUAGGCUCGCUGCUGGAAUAGCCUUAGGAUUCGUUAAUUUAGGAAAGGGGGAUGAUUUGAGAGGAUUAAAUGAUACUCAAGUUGUGGAUAAACUUCUUUCUUUAGCCAUUUCAAUGAAGGAUUUCCAGCCCGCACAAGAGUUGGAUAAGUCUUGCUGUGGUGCUAUUAUGGCAUUGGGGUUCAUUUAUAUGAAGACUGGCAAUCACACAAUUGCAAAUAAGCUUAAAGUUCCCACCGCUGAGCAGUUGUUGGACUACAUACGCCCUGAUUUGUUAUUACUAAGAUGUUUAGCUAAAAACUUGAUUUUGUUUCAAGAGAUUGGAAGCACAGUAAAAUGGGUUGAAUCUGAAAUCAUGCUGUCUGCUUUAGAAAGAUUCAAACACACAGACCCACUAGACAGUGAUCAGCUCGCAUUUUACAAUAUUUUGGGAGGGUCAUGUCUAUCUAUGGCAAUAAGAUAUGCUUCAACUCAUGACUUGACUGCUCGUGACUCGUUAUUGCAUUACUUAGACAAGUUAAUGUUGAUAGCCCAAAAAACUCCCUCAAACUACGAUCAGAAGAUUACUCUUAACACAGUAACUAAUAUUCAGAAUUUACUUGCGUUAUGUUUAUCAGUGGUUAUGGCAGGAAGUGGUGACUUAGAAGUUUUCAGAAGGCUUCGCAUUCUUCAUCACGCUACUAACCAAGAGGUGGGGUACGGCUAUUAUAUGGCAAUCAACACAGCAUUAGGAUUCUUGUUCCUCGGAGGCGGUCAAUACGCUUUUCACAAUUCAAACUUUGCAAUUGCAUGUUUGGUUACAUCGUUGUACCCUAUUUUCCCUAAUGACGAUGGCGAAUAUGGAAUUUAUUUGCAAGCUCUUAGACAUUUUUGGGCACUUUCCGUCAACCCUAGGUGCUUGAUCAUACGGGAUGUCAAUACGCAAACAUCAUGUAAGAUUCCUGUUACUAUAAAAUUGAAGAAUGGAGAAGUUAAAGAAUCACUUUCACCGUGUCUUUUACCUAAUUUGAACGAGAUUCUCAAUAUAAAGACAACCUCACCUGAACAUUUUAAUGUUCAAAUUGAUUUUCAAUUAAACUCACAUUAUUUGGAAAUAUUUAAGAAAUCCUUGACCAUCUUCGUUUAUAAGAGACAUAAUUAUCAGUUAUUGAAGUCAUCAGUUGGCGCCCUUUUGAAAAAUGAAAACAAGUCUCUUCAAGUCGAAAAUGGAGAAAUAAGAAUUGAUCCCACUAUUGCCAAGUUUGUCAACCUAGAGGUAAUGAAAAAUGUCAGCAACUUCGAGAAGCAUGUGAUUAUGUUUGAGAAUGAUGAUAGUACCAAGGGCGAAAUAAACAGCUACGAUAAAACCACCAGUUCUGGAUUAUCCAUUUUUAACAUUAUUGACAAUAAGAUUGAGUUGGAGCGAAUGACUACUAAUCCAACAUCGGUAGAGAAUUUAUGGAAUUUGAAGUUGAUAUUUGCUUUCUCCGACAGAUUACUUAAUGAUGAACUACAUUUUAUCACGUUGGAAUUUAUAGAGCAGCUCAAGCAUCAGAUCUUAUUGGUUGCAAGUUGA